AUGAAUAAUCAAACAAAUAGCACUUCGUUAGUAUCGGAAGAAAUAUCAUUCAGAAUCAGCUUAAUACAACGGAUUACUACAAUGUCAUUAUUAAUUGCAUUCGCUAUACCAUCCUUAACCUGUUUUCUUGUUAUCUUUUAUUAUUUUAUUCAAUUGCGUAAAAAAUUGCUUUUUGAUCGUAUCAAUCAUCACGUUAUUUUAUGCAUAUUAAUCAGUGAUUUCUUGUUGAUUACAACUGAACUACCAUUUUCAUUGAGCUACCUUUCAUUCGGAUACAUGCAGUCAACAAAAAUAUGUCUAUUUUGGACUUUUUGGGAUUAUUAUCUUCAAGCGGCCACAUUAUUUCUAACAAUGUAUGCAGCAAUUGAACGUUACUUAUUAGUAUUUCAUAGACAGUGCAUUAUGAAAAAUAAAUUAUUCUUUCACUAUAUUCCAUUAGGAUUCGUUUGCUGUUAUAGUUUCGGUAUUUAUCUUUAUUUUAUUCCACUGUUUUCAUGUAAACCAAAUUAUUCGUACGACUUAGCUGCGUUCGUUUGCGGAGGACCAUGUUAUUUAAAUGCUUUUGUUCAAAAUAUAUAUGACACAAUUAUUGAUAUUAUGUUACCAACUUGUGUUCUUUUGGUUUUCAAUCUAUUGAUGAUUGGUCGUGUGAUUAGAUACAAACGCAAAGUAUCACCGUCGACACGAGUAUCGAAUAUAUUGAAAAAAAGCCGACGAAUGAUUUUACAAUUAUUAGCCAUAAGUUUAAUGACUUUACUAAAUUGGACGCCUUGGAUUUUUAUAAUUUUAGUACAUGAUUUUUAUGAUCCAUCAUUUGGUGAACAAUUCAUCACUAUUUUUCUCCACUAUCUGCCAUAUUUUACCAGUUUUGCGUCACCGUUUUUGGCAUUGAUUAAUCUACCGGAAAUACGUGAGGAAUUCAAGAAAGUAAUGAGACAACUCAUGACUACAUUACAUAUACUGAAUUCAACUCAACUUGAUCUUGAAUCAUCAUCUAUGGAACUUAUUUUUCUUUCCGGAAAUUAUCCUAAUUUAUACGGACUUGGCUUAUUCGAUAUUCAACAAGAAACAGUCUUACGUCUUUUUACUGAUGAAAUUCUUUUAACUAACACCAUCAAAAAUCAAAUGGUAUCAGUUGCUAUUGGCAUUAAUACAAAUGAAAUACGAAGUUCAAUAAAUAACGGGAAUCCACUUAUAUUUACACAUAUCUUUACUAUAUUCAAUAAUUUGCGAUAUUUAAGUUUUGGUCCAUCGUGCUUAUGGUAUCAACGAUUAUCGUUUAACGAAUUUCUAACUGUUGCCUCUUCAACUCUGUUAGAGUUACAUGUAUGUCUGAGUUAUUUUGAUGACUGUCUUUAUUUACUGGACGGUCGUUUCAAUCAACUUCAUACAUUUUGUGUUGAUCUUAAAUACAUCCUUUCUUCGGGUCUAACAAUUAGUAAGGAGUUGAAAAAGAAUAUUAUCAGUCAUAUUCCACAAUUGGAGAGAUUUACAUUUAAUAUUCGUUCAUUGAUUCAUUAUCAUAAUCAAAUUGAUUUAACAUCAAAUAAAGAUAUCCAAUAUACACUCAUGGAUUUUAAAGAUGAUCACAUUAUCUCUUGUGUGGAUUAUUCUUCAGUGUCCGAAGAAGGACACUGUCAUAUUUAUUCAUAUCCAUAUCGAUCGAAAUAUUAUAACAAUAUAACAAAUAAUUUUCCAGGCGGACUAUUUCAAUGUGUUAGUAAAGUAUCAUUUUUUGAUGAACGUCCUUUUGAACAUGAAUUUUUUCUUCGAAUUGCUCGAUCGUUUCCAUUAUUGAAAAAAUUAACUUUAAUUAACAAGAAACCUCAAAAUAACAAAGGAUAUAGAACAUCAAAAAAUGACAAUCAAGCUUUAUCAAUUGUAAACUACCGUCAUCUUAUUCAACUUCAUCUUACUAAAGCUCAUUAA